ACGUCGAUAGCAACGACAUGCGAUGCAAACACAAUUUAAAUGAUAAUAUUGGUAUGCUGACCAUCUCAUGGGCACAUCUACCUGACAAUGUGCAGUGAAGAAGAUGGUUUCAUUCACGGAUAGUUAAAAAAUCAUCAGGAAUUGUGACCUGUCACUUGCUCACUACCUCACUGAAACAUCCAUCCUUUUCCAAUUUAAGAUCUCAGAGUCAGACUUGCGACAAAAUGCCUGGUGCUGCCAAUCAAAAAAGGCAGAGGAGCCUUCUUGGGGUUGUAGUUUUGAUUACAUGGUUAGUUCUGUUCCAUCUUCUGGUGAAUGUGUGGCUGCUGUGCAUCUUCACUAGUCUGUUGGUAGUGCUGGGUGGAUGGCUGGGAUCUCGCGUCGCUUUGGAUGCCAACAGCCUACUUCAUUUGGAGCACUUUCUACCCCUGCGUCAGUCCCCUGAAGUUCACACCAGCUCAGAAAGCGAACAAAGACUGGAUUGGGAGAUUCGGAGUGCUGUCGACAAGGCCGUGCGUGACUUUGUGUCAUCCUGGUACUGCAGUUCUGUUUCUAAGAGAGGGGACGAGUUCGAACGGGAGGUGAGGGGUGCCAUGCUGGAGGCGGCCGUUGAACUGAAGAGGAGGGCAAAGCAGGUGGACCGGAGAGCGCUGGCCCAGAGGGUUCUAGAGCUUUGCGGAUGCCAUCUGCAGAGCUUUAGCCAGGCCAAGGAACUCCAACGCACACUGCAAGACGAGUCAGACCAAACGCUUUCAAACUCACAAAAACUAUGGAGAUUGUACAGUAUGGUUGAUUUGCCUCACCCUGCCCUGACUGGCCCAGCUAACCAGCUCUGCUACUCCAGAGCACUGGUAGAUCUCCUCAUGCACGUCCUUAUUCCCAAAUCUCACCUUGAAACAAGAACAGGCCGUUACAUGGUGGGAGAGCUCAUCACCUGCAAUGUUCUUCUGCCCCUCGUGGCAAGAAUAUCCAAUCCAGAUUGGUUAAACCAGACCAUUGUAGAUGUGUUCACCCAAUCCACUGACAAAGAAGUACCAAGCCCACAGCAAACACCUCCAGAAGAUGAAGAUGAAGACGAAGACGAAUCUGUUAGCAGCUUCUGGGAUUGUGACUUCCCAAUAACUUUAGGCUGUCCUGAAACCUCCAGCAUGCAGACAGCUUGGUCUGUAUCCACAGCCCCCCUCCAUGAUUCCUCUGAAACAAGUUUCCAGAGUCAGUGGUCCUCUGAUGAAAAUGUACAAGGGAGGAGAAGUUCCAGCAUACUUUUUCCAGAAAGAUUGAUCCAGAGUACAGCCGAACUGCUCAGAUCUCCAUACCGCACCAGCCGCCUCUAUAGACACAGCGACUACGACAUGGAUUUACCCUCUUCAGAUGAGAGAAAGAUAUCUAGUGAGUCUUUGAAACGAACAGAUUCAGAUGAUGAGAACUUCUGCGAUUGCAUCUCUCCUUCAGACUUUUGUGGCCUGGUUUAUCUGGAGGAGGACAAGUUGGGUCUUUUGGGGAAGUGUUUUUUAAGGCAAAACGUGAUCAUUUCAGAGCCUCCAUCACCGGAGAGUACAGUAGAAGAGUGUCUAGUACAAACCCUGAAUAACACAUCAAACUCCAUUCCCAGAAGCCUUGGUUUGGACUCAUUAGUUUUUGAAAACUUAGGAAAUGUAGAGGGACCGGUAACUAUUCAGAACUUGCAAAUCACUGGGACCAUCACAGCCAAAGAGCAAAGAAGCAACAGCGCACAUCUUUAUACUCUUUACACUGUAAAGUAUGAAACUGCUGGAGAUUCAGAGAGUUCAACAUCUGAUCAGCCUGCUGUAUAUCAUACGGUGAACCGGCGUUACAGCGAGUUCCUCAAUCUGCAGACCCGCUUGGAGGAAAGGACGGAUCUCAAGAAGAUGAUCAAAAAUGUCAAAGGUCCAAAGAAACUCUUCCCAGAUCUUCCCUUCAGCAACCUAGACACAGACAAAGUGGAAGCUAGGAGAAGCCAACUGGAAUCAUUCCUCAAGAAACUGUGCACCAUCCCAGAGGCAGCUAACAGUGAGGAGGUGCAAGAGUUUCUUGCCCUCAGCACUGAUGCCACAGCAGCUUUCCAGAAGAAGCCAUCAAGUUCACGUAUAGACAAGAUGGUGGAGAACAUAGUGGAUACUCUGAAGACGGCGUUUCCACGCUCAGAACCCCAGAGCCCCACAGAUGAAGGAGACCCACAAAGAAAGCCCCGUCUGAGAUUCUCAAGUAAAAUAGCUCCUACUCUUAAUGUGCCAAGCCUGCAACCUAACGUGACAUAUUCUUUCAGCGAACGCUGCUCAGUUCUUCGAGGUUUCUCCCUGUCAGAUCUGGAGGGGUUUGUGGAGGAACAGGAGAAGCAGGUGGAUGGGGGUGUCAAGAGUCAUUAUGCAGGAGGAGGACACAUCAGAGAGCAGAGACUUGUAGAAAAGAGAGGAAGAGGAGCAGACACUGCCCUGGCAGAUAUCGCUCUGAAUAUCUUGUGUUUGCUGAUGAAGGACCAGUGGAGCUGGCUGUGUACAGAAAACAUCCAGAAAACCAUCAGACUGCUCUUUGGUACUUUUAUUGAAAGGUGGUUAGAUGUAGGUAUAGCCCACCUAACCAGUGCCCCAUGCUGGGUGAUCUACCUGCAGGUUCUCCAGGAUGCAGUGUGGCCCGGAGGUGAGCUGCCUGCGGUGCCUCGGCAAGAGAAGAGCCCAGAGCAGAGAGAGAAGAUGAGACUCCAGUGCCUGCACUGCCUCAUGCAGCUGUUCCCAGAGUUAAUUACAGACAUGCUUGGCUCGGAGAAAUGCAGGCUGGUGUGGCAGCAUAUGCUGGAAUCUCUGCAGGACCCCAGUAUUAACAGGCACUUGGUUUACUGUAUUUUUGACCUGCUGUUGGAGUUCCUUGUUCCAGAAUUUUCUGAGGAGACGUUCCAGAGGUCUUUACUUCAGAGUCUCCCUGGGGAUGUAGACAGAACACCAUCAUCCGCCUAAGGACACUAUGUUUCUUUUCUUCUCUCUUUCUGAAUGCAGUGGUUUUGAAAUUAGGACAUUUGGAUGUGUUUUUAUCAGCCUGGCUUAUCAGUUUGGCUUGCUUUGUAGACAGCUGUUUUUGUCUCACAGUUUGUAUCUGACUUUCUAACUCGCUGUGUAGUUCAAAUGGGUUCGGAGUAGAAGUUCAAAAUAAGGCUUAAGGCAACAUUUUGAACGUAAACGUACCCACAAUGUUUGAUCCUUGAAUGUGGAAUAUUGUCUGUUCAAGCAACCUUCAUUUCACGACGACUCAAACUAUUGAGUGUAACUGCAGUAUGUAUUUAUAUAGUAUGCACCUUAUUCAGGAUGGACGCUGUAUUUAAUUUACGUGGAUGAAAAUGAAGCUGGUGCGCACUGCUUUGAAGCUGUAAAUCACAUGGUUUUCACAGCUCGCAACUUUCAAAACUUUCAAAACAUCAGCUGAGCAAUCGCUAUGUUGUUAAACAACAGUACUACCCAUUGAACGCAGUGUACUCCUAUCCCUCACAGCCUUGCAAAAAUUAAAUUGGUGCUAUCCUGACUAAGAUCGAUGUAAAAGGGAGAAAUAAAACUAAUAUUUAAUCUCAGUUUAAUGUUUUAAAGAAAUGCAUUAUUCAAAAUGUUAUGUAUAUAUUAUGUCCUGACUGUUCAGCAUAAAAAACACGAAAGAAAAAGUAAACACACCUUCUUUCUCUGAGCCCUAUUAUCUUUUCCUUUUUUUAGUAAUCAGUGCAUACUGCAGAGCAAUACUCAUUGAACCUUUAUAGAACAUAAUAUUUUUAUUUAUAUUAUAGCAGAUAUGCAUCAGCACACAUUUUUCAAUAUUUCCUGUCUGAGAAACCACAGACGGCUCAAAUUCUUCAUGGACAUUACCAUUUGUCAAAUAUGCGAUUUAUCAUUGCUGGGAAUAUGCCUAUUUUUUAAUUGUUUAAUUUGUAGUCUCUGCUCUCUGUGGUUUAUAGACAAAACAUUAAGAGGGGUCAUUGAAAAUCCCCUCUUGGCAAUCUGAUUGUUUGGAUAUUUUUGUCCUCCCUGUGACUCAUUGAAAUGGACAAACAGCAGAUGUACUAUGUUGGCAUGUCUAAAAGUAUUAGUAUUAAAAGUAUUAAUUUGCAUAAAUGUAAUAAUCAUUUUACAGUUUCUAUAUACACUGGCAUUUAAACGUUUGAGAAUGGUAACUUAUUUAUUUACAGAAAUUAAUUUCUUUAUUCUGCAAGGACACAUUAAACAAAAUAUUUAAAUGGCAGUAAAUACAUUUACAAUGUUACAAAAUAAUUCAGUUUCAAAUAAAUGCUGUUCUUGUUAACUUUAUAUUCAGCAAAAAUCCUGAAAAGAAAUUAAUCACAGUUUUCACAAAAAUACUAAGCAACAUAACUGAUUUUAACAUUGAUAACUGUAAGAAAUAUUUCUUGUGCACAAGAUCAGUAUGUUAGAAUGAUUUCCGGAGGAUCGUGUGAAGAUGUAAAAAAAAACUUAAGCUUUGUCAUGACAGAAUGAGUUUUAAAUCAUUUUAAAGCAUAUUCAAUUAGAAAAGAGUUAUUUUAAAUUGUAAUAAUAUUUCACAAUAUGACAAUAUGUUUUACACAAUAUGUUUUACUGUUUUUAUUAAAUACAUGCAACCU